CAAAUUUUGUCAAAAACUUCAAAGUUCAAACAAAACCCGGUGGUCUUUUGCUAAACAUAAACAAAGCAGAGAAAUGGCAGGGCCCGGCAAAUGCUUCCUCGUCACCGGUCCUCCUGGUGUGGGUAAAACCACACUGAUCAUGAGAGUUUUUGAAACCCUCAAAGCCUCUAACCCCAACUUAAAGGUUCAAGGAUUUUACACUCGUGAAAUCAGACAAGGAAGCGAGAGAGUCGGGUUUGAGGUUGUCACUUUAGACGGUCGCAGAGGUCCACUUGCCUCCACCACUAUUUCAAGCCCUGAGUCUCUUAGAUGGCCUAAUGUUGGGAAGUACAGAGUAGAUAUUGCGUCAUUUGAGUCACUAGCACUACCUGAGUUGCAGGUCAGAGAGGAUACUGAUCUCUUCAUCAUUGAUGAAGUUGGUAAGAUGGAGAUGUACAGUUCAUCUUUCUUCCCCGCAGUUCUAAAAGUUCUAGAAUCAAACAUCCCAGUUUUGGCUUCUGUCCCUAUUCCAAAAUUUGGCCGUGAUAUACCUGGAGUUGCAAGGUUGAAGAAUCAUCCAGGGGCAACUAUGUCUACAUUGAGCACAAGUAACAGGGAUGCUGUUAAAGAUCAGAUAUAUUCCAUACUGGUAGACUUGAUGAGAAAACAGUAGAAGUUGACCAAUUCUUUGGUUCCUAUUACCCAGAUCAGAUGAGCAGACUUCCUGUAUUUUUGAGGUGUAUGCAGUGCAUCUGGAAUAAGACUUGGUGUUGGUGUUACCAUAAUGUACUUUGUAGGUUUCCAAAUUGCAGUAUUGAGACUUAGAUAUAAGGCUAAGAGCCUAAGAAGGUAUUUCCUUUCCAAAUUUUUGUGUUUACAAUUUUUGUAAUCUUACAGUGCCACAAGCUUAGGUUCAAGACUCCCCCUAGGGGGAGAAAUUAUACUGUUAUCUGGUGGACCAUGUCACUUGUCCACCAUUUCAUUAAGAAACUCCCACUUGUUUAAAAUUGCUGAGUCAGUAAUCAGUUUCUGUUAAAAUUUUUUUUUUUUAACUCAGCAAUUUUAAACAAGUGUGAGUAUUUUAGUGGAAUGGUGGACCACGUUACUUGUCCAUCAUGUGGACCUUAUAAUUUCUCCCCUAGGGGCUCAAUUUCAUUAAUUACAUACGUUGUCCUUAUCUUAACAAUUAUAUCUAUCUAAGGUGAUAAAGGUGUUUUAUA